AAACAACACUCUAACCUUGUAUUAUUCUAUACGUUGUGUAGUCGUUUGAUGCAAAUUAUUGAAUUAUAAAAGUGUGAGAUAAGUGCAUUUGAUUUGAUUUAAUUUUGUUUGGUUCUUGUGAACGAAAAACGAUGAUUGAAGAAGAUGAUCCGUCUGUACAUCGUUUAGAGGCGUCCAGCCCGGUAACUGGUGGUUUGGUGGUGAAAAAGAAAGAUUCCGAUUCAACAUUUAAGGUACCACAACCGUCUUUACUUGGUUUGGAUCGUUUGGCUGCGCAAAAACGAAAAGAACGCGAAGAUCAAAAUCGUUUAAUUUCGUUCAAAGACAGUGAAUACGAUGAUGAUGCAUCGGCCACACCAGAACACAGAACGUUCACUACACCGGAUCAUGCGAAUGUGCAUAGAUUAAGCCGAAACUAUCGUGAACCGAACGAUGAAACUCCAUCGCAUGGUGGCGGUGUGUCAGAUAAAUUUCGUGAUCGAUUAGCAGAACGAAGCGAAAAGGACAAAAGAGGCGUAUAUGUAUCAACGAAGGAUGAAAAAAAAAGUCGACGCAAAGAUGAUUCCGAUCGAAACUAUGACAAAAGAGAUAAAGACAGGUAUAGGGAUAGAGAUCGUGACAGAGGCAGGGACAAUGACUAUUCGGAGAGGCGCAGAGAAAAGGACAGAGACUACGAACGACGACGUGAUCGAAGCUCAAGAGAUUCUGGAUACUCGGAGCGACGAAAACCAUCUGAUUCGGAGAGAAGUUUACACACACCUCGAUUUAGAGACGAACCGAGAACACCGUAUACAGCAACGGCCUCGUCAUCUUGGGACGACGAUGAUGAAAGAUCAACAUCAAAACGCUCUUCAUGGGAUUUUCCGACGCCAAGAGAAGGCGACCAACAACGUCGCUCGGAAUGGUCGACACGCAGCAACAUGAACAGCUUGAGAAAAUCGAUAAUGGAAGAUGAUACACCAAGACCGACGCCGGCACACAAAUUCAAUGCAUGGGCAAAUGAUAGAAAGCGUACUGGAGCCACACCACGUACAAGUCAACGUGACAAACAACCAUGGGCUGAUGCUGAAGAGCGUGACAUUUGGGAAGAAGAACAACGUCGAUUGGAUCGUGAAUGGUACAAUAUGGAUGAAGGUUUCGAUGAUGAUACAAAUCCAUUUGGAAAUACAAAUGCCGAAUAUUUCCGAAAACGUGAAGAACAAUUGGAGCAAAGAACGAAAAAGCGUAUUUCAGCCCAACAGCGUCAAAAUAACAAAGACAAUGAACUGUGGGAACGAAAUCGUAUGUUGACUUCGGGUGUUGUUCAAUCGAUCAAUGUAAACGAUGAUUUCGACGAAGAAGCAAUUGAACGUGUACAUUUGUUGGUGCAUCACAUAGUACCGCCAUUUUUGGAUGGUCGAAUUGUUUUCACCAAACAACCGGAACCUGUUGUACCUGUCAGAGAUCCAACAAGUGACAUGGCAUUACUUGCUCGCAAAGGUUCGCCAUUGGUGCGUGUAUAUCGUGAGCAAAAAGAACGUCGCAAAGCACAAAAGAAACAUUGGGAACUGGGCGGAACGAAAAUGGGCAACAUCAUGGGCGUUGAAAAGCAAAAGGACGACGAAGAUGAUAAAUACGAUGCAGAGAACGACAAAACCGAUUACCGUGAAGGUCAAAAAUUUGCUCAACAUUUGGGUGAAGGUGUUAAAAAGGGUGACUAUGCCAAGCGCAAAAAAAUUUUAGAACAACGUCGAUUUUUGCCGGUAUAUGCUGUACGCCAAGAGUUGUUGAAUGUAAUUCGAGAGAAUUCCGUCGUGAUUAUCAUAGGAGAAACGGGGUCGGGAAAGACGACACAAUUAACUCAAUAUUUACAUGAAGAUGGUUACAGUAAUUUUGGCAUGAUUGGAUGUACUCAACCGAGAAGAGUGGCUGCGAUGUCGGUGGCCAAACGUGUAUCAGACGAAUUAAGCACCAAAUUAGGUGAGGAAGUUGGAUACGCCAUUCGUUUCGAAGACUGUACAUCGGAUAAAACUGUGAUCAAAUACAUGACGGACGGUAUAUUGUUGCGCGAAAGUCUUCGCGAACCAGAUCUCGACAAUUAUUCAGCCAUCAUCAUGGACGAAGCGCACGAACGUUCCCUUUCUACAGACGUUUUGUUUGGUUUACUGCGUGAUAUUGUCGCCAGACGUCGAGACUUAAAAUUGAUUGUUACAUCAGCCACCAUGGAUGCUUCGAAAUUCUCUUCGUUCUUUGGGAAUGUACCAACAUUCACAAUACCCGGUCGAACAUAUCCAGUUGAUGUACUGUUCUCGAAGAAUCCAGUCGAAGAUUAUGUGGAUUCAGCUGUAAAACAAGCAUUGCAAAUUCACCUGCAACCAACAGUGGGUGAUUUAUUAAUUUUCAUGCCCGGACAAGAAGACAUUGAAGUCACGUGUGAAGUGCUUGCAGAACGAUUAGCUGAAAUCGAUGACGCACCCGCUUUAUCCAUUUUGCCAAUUUACUCACAGUUACCAUCUGAUUUGCAAGCGAAAAUUUUCCAAAAAUCGGAGGACGGCGUGAGAAAAUGCAUCGUAGCUACAAAUAUUGCUGAGACAUCGCUAACCGUUGAUGGUAUUAUUUAUGUCGUUGAUUCGGGCUAUUGUAAAUUAAAAGUCUACAAUCCUCGAAUUGGUAUGGAUGCACUGCAAAUCUAUCCAAUUUCACAAGCAAAUGCUAAUCAACGAUCGGGUCGUGCCGGACGUACGGGACCUGGACAAGCGUUUCGUUUGUACACUGAACGACAGUAUAAAGAUGAAUUGCUCGCAUUAACUGUGCCCGAAAUUCAGCGAACAAACUUAGCAAACACGGUGUUAUUAUUGAAAUCACUUGGUGUUGUUGAUUUACUGCAAUUCCAUUUUAUGGAUCCACCACCACAAGAUAAUAUUCUAAAUUCACUGUAUCAAUUGUGGAUAUUGGGCGCUUUGGAUCAUACGGGCGGCCUGACAUCAUUGGGUCGGCAAAUGGCUGAGUUUCCAUUAGAUCCACCGCAGUGUCAAAUGCUUAUUGUUUCAUGUAAAAUGGGUUGCAGCGCUGAAGUUCUUAUCAUUGUUUCAAUGCUUUCGGUACCAUCGAUAUUUUACCGUCCGAAGGGCCGCGAAGAAGAGGCAGAUGGUGUUCGUGAGAAAUUUCAAGUGCCCGAAUCUGAUCAUCUUACAUAUUUAAAUGUUUACAUGCAAUGGAAGCAGAACAACUACUCAUCGACGUGGGCGAACGAGCACUUCAUUCAUAUCAAAGCGAUGCGAAAGGUGCGUGAAGUACGACAACAAUUGAAGGACAUUCUGGUUCAACAAAAAUUGCCAGUCACCUCUUGUGGCACCGAUUGGGAUAUCAUACGAAAGUGUAUUUGUUCGGCUUAUUUCUAUCAAGCGGCUCGUCUAAAAGGUAUUGGCGAAUAUGUGAACUUGCGUACCGGAAUGCCUUGCCAUUUGCAUCCAACAUCGGCUCUAUAUGGACUUGGUACAACACCCGAUUACGUUGUUUACCACGAAUUAAUUAUGACAGCUAAAGAAUAUAUGCAGUGUGCAACGUCGGUUGAUGGUUAUUGGUUGGCUGAAUUGGGUCCAAUGUUCUUUUCCGUCAAAGAGUCUGGCCGAAGUGGCAAAGAAAAGAAAAAACAAGCGGCCGAACACCUACAAGAAAUGGAAGAUCAAAUGUUACAAGCACAAAAACAGAUGGAAGAAGAUAAAAUUCAAGCCGAACAACGUCAACAAGCACUUCAAACGAAACAAGAGAUCUUAACGCCGGGUGCCACACCCAGACACCGUGGUUCGACACCAGCUCGCAUCGGUCUGUAAAUCGAGACAAAAAGAAAGUUGAUAAACCGCACACCGAUAAAAUCACUUGUUUUAUGGACAUAUUUAAUGAAGUUAUAGCUUUCAUUUUAUUUGCCAUUUGCAUAGUUUUUCGUGUACAUGCAUGUUUAGAGAGAGAAUUUAACAAAUAAAGUUUUUUUUGUAUCUUUCCGUUUCAACUAUAUGCUAAAAAUAACAAAAUACAUAUAUUAUUUCGAUGGAGUAAAAUAGUAAACAUUGAUAAUAAUCAUAUUAAACAUUGAGCAAAAAAAAAAAAA